UGAAUGUUUUUAAGAAAAUGGCAGAUUUAGAGAUAUCGAAGAAAUUAAAAGAUAUACCUAUUAGAAUUCAAAGCGCAAGUUUGAAAGAGAGGCGCAAGGUGGUUGAGGAAAUUCUGGAUGUAUUGUCAUCCUCAGAUAUCAACGAGGCAGUGGUCAAAUUUGUCUGCAAAUGCAUUACACUCACUCUGCAUCGGUACCGAGAUACCACGUCGCAAUCCUAUGUGAGAAGCCUGCUUGCUUGUUUGGUAACCAAGCACCGAGAAUGGACCCUCAAGGCAUUCUUACCUUUGCUACUGGAUAUAUCAGAGAGUCUCAAACGUACCAGUACAUCAAAAGGCACGUGUCUCUGUGGAUACUCAGCCCUACGUUGGUCUACAGUUCUUGCUGAUGGGGCUUUGAAAGUCCCUGAUGAUGAAGCAGUGGAUUACAGGGCCUUGGUACUGGCCCAAGCUAAUCUACUGGCCGUUGUUACCGCUCAUGGUGACAGAAGGUUGAACGAGAAGGCUUAUUCUACACUGCACACGUCAUGGGUCGGCAUUGGCUCAGAACGACUCAAGAAGUGGUCAGAAGUUCUUCUCGCGCAACCAAUGGACAGCGGCCCACAUGUCUGCGUUACCUUUUCUGCACUUUGCCGUCAUUCCUAUAGUGUUCUUGAGCAUAAGACAAAAAUUUUAGAAAGCUUCAUAAAAAGUCUGAUCAGUGUGAAGAUUCGUCCAAAUUCUAACUACAUCAAAGGCUGCGGCGAUCUGCUGCGCCAGCUCCAGAAAUCUGAGGUCCAGGAGACUCUUCUACCGGCCCUGCAUAAAGCCAUGUUGCGUAGUCCGGAAACCAUCAUUCAAGCCGUGGGGGAAGUCGUGGCGAACCUGAGUGUCCACUUGGACGGCAUCAUCGUCGACAUCGGAAAGGGUUUGAUCGGCAACCUGCACUCGAAAGACGAGUGGGUCCGGUCGGAAGCCGCGGGCGCGCUUCGGCGCGUGGCGCAGCGCUGCUCCGAUCCCGCGGCGGCGCGCGCGCUGCUGUCGCACGCCUUCGCCGAGUACAACGGCGCCAGCGGGAAACUCACCUCCAGCGAGGACAAGAUCGCCGUCCUCAAUGGAGUCGGCACCCUGAGCGAACUGGCCGUGGCCGCGGAGGAGCUGUCGCGGCUGUUCGCGGAGGCCGUGGCGCAGACGGCGCGCGUGCUGGACAGCGAGUCGCACGAGCGCACGCUGUGCGGCGCGCUGGACGCGCUGCGCUGCUGGCUGGCCCGGCUGGGGGGGCCGCUGCCCGACAAGAUACUGGACGUGUUUAAGAAAAACCUAUCCGCCAAGAGCACGACACAAACGGUGCGGUGUGCGUACGUGUCGCUGGUGUCCCACGCCCUGCAGCACUGUAAGGCUGCGCCGGCGCAGCGCGACGCGCUCGGCCCAAUGCUCACCAAGGCUGUGGAGAAGGCCGUGCAGCAGCCGCUGCAGCAUCUGGUAGUAAGCGAAGGCAUCUGCGCCAUGCUGGGCCUGGUUCUGUUGGAUGAGACUCGCGAGCUGCCCGGCAAGACUGCGGUGUGGGCUGCUCUUACGCAUGUUGACAAACAGGUGCUGCUGCACGAUCGCGUGCUGUCUACCGCCUCGGACGACGUGUUAAUACAGGUAGUGCUGUUGUGCAGAAUAGUUUUAGAACGAUACGAAAGCGUAACCGGCGACGGCAACUCCCCCGUGUACCGCGCGUUAGUACUCGCGUCGCUAUCGACCAGCAAGCCGGUGCGAGCGACGGCCCUGAAGGAAGUUAAAAGCGCGCUAGCGGACAAGUCGAAGGCUCAGGUCGCGAAAAAUUUGAUAGCGAAGCUGAACGAAAUAUUAGAAGAAGGCAGGAUAUUCAGCGCGAAGGAAAAGAAAGACGGCGCUGAGGAGAGAGGCGCCGAAGUGACCGGCAAGAUGUUGCUGGACUGCGUGCAAGCGUUUUGCUCGUGCAGGGACUACCCGCCGGAAGACGCGCAGACGCUGGCGGUGGCGGUGCUGCCGGCCAGUCACCACCCUCUGGCCGCUGCCGUGCUGCGGCGCGCCUGGCUUAAGGUCGUGGCCUUCCUGCGCCUCGACGCCAAGAAGCUCGUCGCGCUAUACGCUAACUCGCUCAACAACACCUACAUCGCUGGCUUCGCGCCCACUGAGACGAUGUCAAACGUAGUGGCCACAUUGGUGGCGACGAACUCGGAGGUGAUUGCAGGCAGCGCCAUUCAGUGCGCGCUGGAGACGCUGCAGGACCCGGAACUGCUGCGUGUCACGCGCGACGAGUACUUCACCUAUCUCAUGCCUGAAGGCGAGCUCUACGACAAAAGCGUCAUUCCGGGCAACGAAGACACGAGGGAGAUGAACCUGAAACGCGAGAGCAAGGCGUACAGCUACAAGGACCAGCUGGAGGAGCUGCAGCUGCGGCGCGAGCUCGAGGAGAAGAGGCGAAAGGAGGGCAAGGCCAAGGAGGUUUCGCUCACCGCGAAGCAGAAGGAGGCCAUUAAGGCUCAGCUGGCGAAAGAGGAUCUCGUCAGGCAGAGGCUCACCGCGCUGAACUCCCGCGCGGUGGCGGCGGUGAAGCUUCUGGCCGCCGUGCAGCGGGGCUCCCCGCUGGCGCUGGCGCUGGCGGCGCGGCGCGUGGUGGAGGCGCUGCUGGCGGCGCUGCGCAGCCCGCUGGCCGCGCCGCUGCUGCUGCCUGCGCACGCGCACCUGCGCCGCGCGCUGAUGCCCGCGCACGCCGUCGUGGGGGACACCGUCGCCAGGAUCACCUUACGGCUCCACAAGCCGCAGUGCGACCUCGACCCCAGUUGGGAGGAGGAAGACCUGACGAAGGCGACGCUCCGCGCCAUCAACGCGCUGCACUCGGCCACGGUCGCCGCCAGGGCCGCCGCGCGGGCCGCGGCCGAGGCGAGGGCCGCCGCCAACGUCGCCGCGCGCGAGAAGGCCGCCGCCAGAGCCGCGGCCCGGGCCGCCGCCAUCGCCGCCGCCGAGGAGGCCGACGAGCCCGCGCCCAUGGACAGCGAAGAGGAAAGCGACACCGAAGAGGAGCAGGACGAGGACGCAGACGGCCGCGGCAAGGGUCCCGGCGUCGCCCCCAAAGAGCACAUGUUGACGGGCCCGGGCUUCUGCUACGCGUUCCCGUUGCUCAGGCUGGGGCUGAGCGGCAAGGCGCUGCUCGACGCCGAGCCCACCGUGCUGCGCGGCCUGGCCACCAUCAGCGAGCACGCGGCGCAGCGCGGCGGCGGCGGCCCGCGCGACCUGCUGAGGCCCGAGCUCUUCCCCAUCGACCGCAUGUUCCGGCUGCUCAUCGACCUCAUCGGCGACACGUCCGGCCGCGUGCAGAUCGCGUGCGUGCGCGCCCUGCUGGAGACGGCGCAGUGCGCCGCGGGCGGCGACGUCUCGCUCGACGACGUGUACUGCCUGCUGGCGGGGCUGCAGAGUCCCAAGGAGGCGGUGCGCGACGCGGCGCUGCGGGGCCUGCUGUGCGUCGCGGACUGCCUGCCCCGGCACCUGGAGGACCCCGACAACGCGCUCGACCUCACCAAGCGGCUGCUCCUCGCCACCUUCGACGUCUCCGAGGACAACAGGCGGCUGGCCGCCGAGCUGUGGGCCCGCCUGCCGCUGGCGGCCACGUGGAGCCGCGAGGCCGAGCUGCUGGACGCCGUGCGCGCCGAGGUCAUGCACCCCGCGGAGCCGCUGCAGCGCGCCGCCGCGCACGCGCUGGCGCACCUGGUGGCGCGCGACGGCCACGACCCCGCCGUCGUGCUGGAAGCGCUGCAGGAGACCUACGACUCCAAGCUGCCGAUGAUCCCGGCGCGGCUGGACCAGUUCGGGCACGUGGUGGAGAAGGCCGUGGACGAGUGGGGCGCCCGGCGCGGCGUGGGCUUCGCGCUGCGCGCGCUGGCGCCGCACCUGCGCGCCGACCAGGUGGCCGGCGCCAUGCGCUUCUUCGUGGACCGCGGCCUGGCCGACCGCCACGACGACGUGCGCGCCGAGAUGCUGGACGCCGCCAUGGCCAUCGUCGAGCUGCACGGGAAGGACACGAUCAGCAGCCAACUGCCGGUGUUCGAGGAGUUCCUCGACACGGCGCCCAAGUCGAGGGGGUUCGACGCCGUGCGACAGUGCGUGGUGCUGCUGGUGGGCUCGCUGGCGCGGCACCUGGAGCCCACCGACGCCCGCAUCGAGCCCAUCACGAUGCGCCUCAUCAGCGCGCUCAACACGCCCAGCCAGCAGGUGCAAGAGGCAGUAAGCAACUGCCUGCCGUUCCUGGUGAGCUCGCCGGCAAUUGAGAGCGACAUCCCGCGCAUCAUGAACAAGCUCAUGAAACAACUGCUCACCGCGGAGAAAUAUGGCGACAGGAAGGGAGCAGCAUACGGCAUCGCGGGCAUUAUCAAAGGACUCGGAAUUUUGUCGCUGAAACAACUGGACGUAAUGGGCAAGCUUACUGAAGCCAUACAAGAAAAGAAGAACUAUAAAUUUCGCGAAGGCGCUCUGUUCGGCUUCGAAAUGCUGUGCUACAAGCUGGGCCGCCUGUUCGAACCGUACAUCGUGCAUGUACUCCCGCACCUGCUGAUGUGCUUCGGCGACAGCUCGCAGUACGUGCGCGCCGCGGCCGACGACACCGCCAAGCUCAUCAUGAGCAAACUCAGCGCGCACGGCGUUAAGCUGGUGCUGCCUUCGCUGCUGCAGGCCUUGGAGGAUGAUAAUUGGCGCACUAAAGCUGGUUCGGUGGAGCUGCUGGGUGCGAUGGCGUACUGUGCGCCGAAGCAGCUGUCGUCGUGCCUGCCGUCCAUCGUUCCGAAGCUGAUCGAAGUGUUGAGCGAUUCGCACAUGCGCGUGCAAGACGCAGGCGCUGGCGCGCUCAAGGUCAUCGGCUCGGUUAUCAGAAAUCCCGAGAUUCAAGCAAUCGUGCCAGUCUUACUACAAGCGCUGCAAGACCCCUCCAACAAGACGUCGGCCUGCCUGCAAACGCUGCUGGAUACAAAAUUCGUGCACUUCAUCGACGCGCCGUCUCUGGCGCUGAUCAUGCCCGUAGUGCAGCGCGCGUUCCUCGACCGCAGCACGGAGACGCGCAAGAUGGCCGCGCAGAUCAUCGGCAACAUGUACUCGCUCACCGACCAGAAGGACCUGCAGCCCUAUUUGCCCAACAUCAUUCCUGGGCUGAAGAGCUCGCUGCUCGAUCCCGUGCCCGAGGUGCGGUCGGUGUCCGCGCGCGCGCUGGGCGCGAUGGUGAAGGGCAUGGGCGAGAGCUCGUUCGAGGAGCUGCUGCCCUGGCUGAUGCACACGCUCACCUCGGAGACCAGCUCCGUGGACCGCUCCGGCGCCGCGCAGGGCCUGUCCGAGGUCGUCGCCGGCCUCGGGGUGCACAAGCUGCACAAGAUCAUGCCGGACAUUAUAGCGACCGCGGAGCGCACGGACAUCGCGCCGCACGUCAAGGACGGCUAUAUCAUGAUGUUCAUCUACAUGCCGGGAGCCUUCACGGACGAGUUCACGCCGUACAUCGGCCAGAUCAUCAACCCCAUCCUCACGGCGCUGGCCGACGAGAACGAGUACGUGCGGGAGACCGCACUCAAGGCCGGACAGCGCAUCGUCACCUUGUACGCCGAGUCGGCAGUCACCCUGCUGCUGCCCGAGCUGGAGAAGGGGCUCUUCCACGACAACUGGCGCAUUCGGUACAGCUCCGUGCAGUUGCUCGGGGACCUGCUGUACCGCGUGUCGGGGGUGUCGGGCAAGAUGAGCACGGAGACGGCGUCGGAGGACGACAACUUUGGCACGGAGCACUCCCACAAGGCCAUCAUGAACGCGCUGGGCAACGAUCGGCGCAACCGGGUGCUGGCGGGGCUGUACAUGGGCCGCAGCGACGUGGCGCUCAUGGUGCGCCAGGCCGCGCUGCACGUCUGGAAGGUGGUGGUGACCAACACGCCGAAGACGCUCCGCGAGAUCCUGCCCACGCUGUUCGGCCUGCUGCUGGGCUGUCUGGCCUCCACCAACUACGACAAGCGGCAGGUGGCCGCCAGGGCGCUGGGCGAUUUGGUGCGCAAGCUGGGCGAGCGCGUGCUGCCCGAGAUCGUGCCCAUCCUGGAGCGCGGCCUGCGCUCGGACCGCGCCGACCAGCGCCAAGGCGUGUGCAUCGGCCUCAGCGAGAUCCUCGCCUCCACGUCCAGGGACGCCGUGCUGAGCUUCGCCGACGGCCUGGUGCCGACGGUGCGCACGGCGCUGUGCGACCCGCUGCCCGAGGUGCGCGAGGCGGCGGCGCACACCUUCGACAGCCUGCACGCCACCAUCGGCAACAAGGCGCUGGACGACAUCCUGCCGCCCAUGCUGGAGGGGCUGCAGGACCCCGACCCUGACGUGGCCGACGCCACGCUGGACGGCCUCAAGCAGAUCAUGGCGAUAAAGUCCCGCGCGGUGCUGCCGUACCUGGUGCCGGUGCUGACGGCGAGCGGCGGCGGCGGCGUGGACACGCGCGCGCUGUCGGCGCUGGCGGCGGCGGCGGGCCCCGCGCUGGCGCGCCACCUGCCGCGCGUGCUGCCGGCGCUGCUGCUGGCGCUCAAGGCCGCCCGCGGCACGCCGCACGAGGCGCGCGAGCUGGACCACUGCCGCGACGCGCUGCUGCCCGUCGUCGACGUCGCCGGCGUGCGCUGCAUCAUCGACACGCUGCUGGAGACGGUGCGCACGACGGAGAGCGAGGGCCGGCGCGCGGCCGCCGCCCUGCUGUGCGCGUACGUCUCGCACAGCAAGGCGGACCUCUCGGCGUACGUGCCGCAGCUGCUCCGAGGCCUGAUCCUCCUGUUCGCGGACACCGACUGCGACGUCCUGCAGAUGGCGUGGGAGGCGCUCACCGCGCUCACCAAGACGCUGCCGCCCCCGAAGCAGAUCCUGCACGUGUCGGACGUGCGGCAGGCCGUCAGAUACGCCGCUUCCGAUUUUAAGGGAGAUUUGCUGCCAGGUUUUUGUCUGUCCAAGGGCAUAACUCCGAUCCUGCCGCUGUUCCGCGAGUCGAUCCUGAACGGGAUGCCGGAGGACAAGGAAAAUGCGGCGCUGAUGCUGGGGGAGGUGAUCCGGCUCACGUCGGCAGAGGCGCUUCAGCCUUCGGUGGUGCACAUCACCGGCCCUCUCAUACGCAUCCUCGGGGAUCGGUUCAACUCCUCGGUCAAAGCUGCCGUGCUGGAGACGCUCGCGCUCUUGCUUUCCAAGGUGGGCGUGAUGCUGAAGCAGUUCCUGCCGCAGCUGCAGACGACGUUCCUCAAGGCGCUGACGGACGCCAACCGCGCGGUGCGCAUCAAGGCGGGGCUGGCCAUGGCGCAGCUGGUGGUGAUCCACACGCGCGCCGACCCGCUGUUCAGCGAGAUGCACGCGCACAUCAAGAACGCCGAGGACCCGGCCGUGCGCGAGACCAUGCUGCAGGCGCUGCGCGCCGUGCUGUCGGCCGGCGCCGACAAGAUGUCGGACGCCACGCCGCUGGCGCUGCUGGCCACGCUGUCCAGCGCGCCCUUCCUGGCGCACCCCGAGGAUCCGCCGCGCGCGGCCGUGGGCGGCUGCCUGGGCGCGCUGCUGCACUGCCUGCCCAAGCCGCACCGCGACGCCGCGCUGCUGCACCACGUGCUGGCCGCCGCCGACGACUGGCCGCUGCAGCACGGCCGCUCCUGCGCGCUGUUCGUGGCGCUCAAGGAGACGCCCGACCGCGUCUACCGCGACCACUUCGAGGAGAAGAUCGAGAAGGCGCUGCUGGGCUAUCUGCAGAGCGACCGGAUCCCCGUGGCGUGCAACGGCGUGCGCGGCAUCGCCUACCUGAUGCGCCACCUGCUGCUGAGCGGCCGCGCCGUGCCGUCCGCGAUCCUGUCGCAGUUCGUGCGGAGCAUGAACCACCCCAGCAACGAGGUGAAGCAGCUGGUGGCGCGCGCCGGCGGGCUGCUGGCGCGCGAGGGCGCGCUGGACGUGCGCGCGGCGCCGGCGGCCGAGGCGCUCAAGGCGCUGCUGCCCGCGCUCGUCAACGGCACCAAGGAGAAGAACACCUACGUGCGCGCCAACUCCGAGCUGGCCCUGCGCGCCAUCCUGCGGCUGCCGCACGAGGACGACUUCUGCCAGCAAUGCCUGGGCCUGCUGGAGGCGGGCGCGCGCGAGGCGCUGAGCGACGUGGUGGCCCGCGUGCUGCGGCGCGCGCACCCCGACUCGCGCAUGGAGGACCUGGACUGCACGCUCAUCUGCUGAACGCGCCCCGCGCUCGACUGCCCGUUUAUUAUAUUAAAGUUGAUGUUAUUUAUACAAGUCACCGUUUUAU